CAGGCUGUUCACUGAUUUUGACUCCAUCAAACUCCAAAAGCAUUUAGCCAUUCUUUGUUUUUUCGUAUUUAAGGUGUGUUUAUAGCUUGGCUGAGGUUUGGAUCUACCAAUCUUGUGAGAGGAGAUAUGCGUAGGCAGCCUGAGAGACACACCUGAGGGCAGAAAUGACAAGUGCAUCAUUUACAUAUUGAGCGCCGUGCUAGCUAGCAGAAGCUACAGGGUUCUGAGAGAGGUCGGUUUGGAGCAGCAGUGGGAUGACGCCGUCGCUCCGGUGUCCCGGCUAAAUGACUACGAUCAGCAUCCUCAAUACUUGUUGUUGGUCUUUAGCUGUCAUCCAUCCAUCCACCGCUUCUGCUGACAGCACAGCCACAUCCAGACUCCAUGCAAAGGGGGGCAAAGGGGUCUGCUAUCUCUAAACACCGGAAUUCAAAUGGUGGUGGUGUAGUGCAUUGCUGCAAAUAGUCCCCGAUGACAUGAACAUCCUGAGCUGUAGAGGCUAAAUGAUAUUGUGGACAGCAUAAUCUUAUAAUGGCACUGGGACCUCCUGCCUGAAGAAGCAAAUAUUUACCCCUCGGUCCGUCAAGCAGGCAUUCAGAGCUGGUCAGCUGAGAGCCGGUUUCCCCACAGGAAUGACUCUUUGCAGAGUACUGAUCCACUUAAAGAUCUCUAGGCCACAUAUAGGUACCUCAGUGUUAUUGCCCCAUGGUGAAGACACAUUAAAUUGACUCUGGAUUGACAUAAGGUGGUGACAGCUACCUGUUUGUAAUCACAAGUGUUUUCCUGCUCCCAUUCACUACUAUAAGCGCUCUAUUGCUGGGUAUCCCGUUAAAAUGACUGCAGAGUGGGGUGAGAAAUCCACAGCAGACCUCAUGAGUAGGUAUGUCUCCAAGGAAAUGGGAUAUGGAGUGCCCAAGGAGGGUUGGCGUAUCUGUCUGGCACAUGAGUUCAAGGAGAAGAGAAAGCCCUUUCAAGCAAAAGAUGUUUCGCUGUCCAACGUCCUUGAGCACGUCGGCCUUGGAAUCAGGUAUCUAAAAUGGUGGUACAAGAAGACCCAGGUGGAAAAGAAAGCUCCAUUCAUUGACAUGUUUGGUGCCCAACCCUUGCGUCAAAUAUAUGGUGCUCCACUUGGCGGUAUUGGAGGAGGUACCAUCACAAGAGGUUGGCGGGGGGAAUUCUGCAGAUGGCAACUUAACCCUGGGAUGUAUCACUACAAAACUGUCACAGCAAACCAGUUCACAGUGUGUUUGCGUCGUGGAGGGCAAACAGUUUACCAGCAGGUGCUAUCUGUAGAGCGUCCUCCCACAUUACAAGGCUGGAACUGGGGCUAUUGCGGAGAGUAUGCCUUCUAUCACGCCUUGUACCCCCGCGCCUGGACCGUCUACCAUCUGCCAGGACAGAAUGUCACCUUAACCUGCAGACAGAUCUCCCCAGUCAUCCCCCAUGACUACCAGGACUCUAGUCUCCCAGUGGCAGUAUUUGUGUGGGACAUAGAGAACAAGAAUGACUACGCUCUCGAUGUCUCUAUCAUGUUCACUAUGGUCAAUGGUUCGGGACACAAGGACGACAAGAGCGGGGGACACUGGAAUGAACCAUUCCACCUGGAGAAGGAGGGGGAGGCGGUGUCUGGUGUCUUGCUACAUCACUGCACUACAGUAAACCCUUACACUCUGUGCAUCGCAGCCCGAGAACAGCCUGACAGGGAAGUGAGUCACCAGACAGCGUUCAGUCCAAAGGGACCCUGCAGCGGGCUGUGGAGUGACCUCAUCACUGAUGGACGACUGGACUGUCCUACAGGAUCCUGCCCGCCAACGCCUAAGGGAGAGAAGGUGGCGGCAGCGUUGGCUGUGGGCUGCUCAGUGCUGGCUCAGGGCCAUAACAGCCUGGAGUUCUGCCUGGCCUGGGACAUGCCCAAAAUCACCUUUGGCUCUAGGGAGAGGGAACACAUCAGGAGAUAUACUCGUUACUUUGGGACCAAAAGGGAUGCGUCCCCCUCACUCAGUCACUAUGCCCUUACACACUACAGACUGUGGGAGAAAAGCAUUGAGAAGUGGCAAAGACCCAUACUACAGGACAGUUCUCUCCCGUCCUGGUAUAAGUCAGCCCUGUUUAACGAGUUGUACUUUGUGGCGGAUGGAGGGACGGUGUGGACAGAGCUACCAGAGGAUGCUGACGUCAGCGGUGGUGUGCGCAGUGAGGACGGGGGGCUGCCAGCUCAGCCUGCUGUCAUCAAGGAGUACGGUCGUUUUGCCUACUUAGAAGGUCAGGAGUACAGAAUGUACAACACAUAUGAUGUGCACUUCUACGCUUCCUUUGCACUUAUCAUGCUGUGGCCCAAACUUGCUUUGAGUGUGCAAUAUGAUAUUGCUGGCAGUGUGGUUCAACAGGACCCAACAGAGAGGCUCCAUCUGAUGAGUGGGCAGUAUUCUCCUGUCAAGGCCAAAAAUGUGGUGCCUCACGACAUAGGAGACCCAGAUGAUGAGCCAUGGCAGAGGGUGAAUGCUUACCUUAUCCAUGACACUGCAGACUGGAAGGACCUCAACCUGAAGUUUGUCCUGCAGGUCUACAGGGACUUUCAUCUAACACAGGACAGUCAGUACCUGCAGGAUAUGUGGCCCAUCUGCCAGGCGGUGAUGGAGUCAGAGAUGAAGUUUGACCAGGAUGGAGAUGGACUGAUAGAGAACUCUGGAUAUGCUGACCAGACCUAUGAUGGCUGGACGGUGACUGGACCAAGUGCGUACUGUGGUGGGCUGUGGUUGGCAUCCCUGUGUGUGAUGUGUAAGAUGGCCAGAUUGGUGGACAACGAGGAGAUAUACCAACGUUACAGAGACAUCUUGGACAGGGGCAGCGCUGCUUUUGACAAACUGCUUUGGAAUGGCAAGUACUACAACUAUGACAGCAGUGGAAGAGACCUUUCUAAUAGUGUCAUGUCUGACCAGUGUGCUGGCCACUGGUUCCUGAGAGCGUCCGGGCUGGGAGAGGGAGAGUACCAGGCUUUUCCAAAAGACAAAAUCCAGAGGGCACUAAAAUCUGUCUUUGACUUGAAUGUAAUGACCUUCGCUGGAGGCCAGAUGGGGGCAGUUAACGGCAUGCGUCCUGAAGGAGUGCCUGACCGCUCCAGUGUCCAGUCAGAUGAGGUCUGGAUUGGAGUAGUAUAUGGACUGGCAGCCACUUUGAUCCAUGAGGGUAUGCAGGAGGAGGGUAUGCGCUCAGCAGAGGGUUGCUACCGGACUGUAUGGGAGAGGCUGGGCAUGGCCUUCCAGACUCCUGAAGCCUACUGCGAGAAAGGCAUUUACCGCUCUCUAGCUUACAUGAGGCCUCUGAGCAUUUGGGCCAUGCAGCUAGCCCUGAACUCUUCACAGAAGGAUCAGGCCACAUCAGCUCAAACUGGAGCCACAGAUGGGGAGCAGGCACAGGAUCUGAGACAAAAUUAGAGCUAGGACUUGAGCCAUCAGACUGGUGUGAUUAGAGAGGUACAGCGAGUUCUUCUGAAAGUGACCUUCAAACGACUGCAUCCACCAUCCUCAUCUGCAGGGCUCCGUUUGAUUGGUUUCAAACCUAAUCAAACCUUUGAUUAUCUACUGUUUGUUUUGCUUCAAAUGUUUUGUCGUUUGAGGCUUGAGGUCAGAACUGUGAUGAUUUAUGCUUGACAAAGUCAAAAGCCACUGUAGAUCAUGAUAUUGUUAGCCAGCCAAUGUCAAAAUCAUAUCCAGAGUGUAUUGCUAAUUAAAAAUUGACCUUGUGUUUCAACAACAUAAUGUCUAUUUGCACGCAUAUAUACACACAAACACACACACGCAAGCACUACAUUUCAGUCAUGUCAAUAAUAAUGUUUGCAUAUUUGGAACAAGUUUAUAUGCUAACUAUUUGAGGACUGUUGUGUGUUAUUAUACCAGCACAUGUAGUCAUUAUUGUCAAGUACAUCAGUGGGCCUUUGAGUGAAUCAAGCCAUGAAAAUUUUCUUUUUCCUCCACUUAAAUUUGAAUGCUGUACUAAGAUGAUUAUGUAAUAUGCGAUGGGUAGUGUUGGAAAUUAAGUAUGAAAAAAAUUAUGUUUUUUAAAAAAAAUAGCAUUUGGUGCCUUGUUGCAUGUUAGCCAUAUCUACAGUAUAUUAAUGUAGUGGCAACAUUUACUAGGUUUUAUAAAAUCCAAUACUCAUGACAAUCAUGCUGAAUAAAUGACUGAAUAAAGA